AUGUCCGUUGUUUCUCUCCUUGGGGUUAAGAUCCAGAACAACCCCGCCCCUUUCCUCGCUCCCUAUCAAUUCGAAAUCACUUUUGAAUGUCUUGAGCAGCUGCAAAAAGACUUGGAAUGGAAACUCACCUACGUCGGUUCGGCGACAUCGUCCGAAUAUGACCAAGAGCUUGACUCGCUUUUCGUCGGUCCCAUCCCUGUUGGCGUCAACAAGUUCAUUUUUGAAGCCGAAGCACCGGACCUUAAGCGGAUUCCCACGUCCGAAAUUCUUGGCGUCACUGUCAUUCUUCUCACCUGUAGCUACGAUGGUAGAGAAUUCGUUCGUGUUGGUUACUACGUGAACAAUGAAUACGACUCGGAGGAUCUCAGCGCAGAGCCUCCUGCAAAGCCAAUCAUCGAGCGGAUCCGUCGAAACAUCCUUGCGGAGAAGCCAAGAGUGACUAGAUUCGCAAUCAAAUGGGACUCGGAAGAAUCUGCACCCGCCGAAUAUCCCCCGGAUCAGCCAGAAGCUGAUAUUCUGGAAGAUGACAGUGCUGCCUACGGUGCUGAAGAGGCGGAGCUUGAAGCCGCCCUAGUAAGAGAACUUGCGGAUGCAGAGAGAGAUGUAAAGAGUGAAGAUCAUGAGAUGGAGGGCGCCGAGCCCGCCAUCAAGGAGGAAGAAGAAGAAGAUAUUUCUGACGCUGAAAGUGAAGAUAUUGAAGAUGAAAGCGACGACGAUGAGGAGGAUCUCGACGAAGAAGAGGCUGGUGAUGGCGAUGAGGACGUCGAGAUGGGUGACGACUCCGAACAGAAAGACGAUGGCCCCAAGGCUGAUUCUACAAAUCAGCAUUCUCACCAGCCAGAGGUCAUGGUUCACUAG